CGAUAGACACUUUAGAGGGUGACCAUUUGACAUGUUGCACGUUUGAAAACAAACGACAGUGAGGUGUUCAUACAUCACAGUGAAUAGUGCAUUGCCCAUCACUGUCAGAUCACAUGUGGCAUGACCUGUGUCUGAGUGCUGCUGCUUCAAGAAGUGGCUACAACAGUGACUUUAUAUUUGUGAAGAAAUGCAGAAAUACUGAAAAAUGAAGUGAGCUGAUGAUAACUUGGAUGUCCAGGUGUUACAACCGAAAAAAGUUAUGAGUGAAAGCAGUGAUGUGGAAUCACCGUGAAAUGAAUGGAACAGAGUAGCAUACAGAUGGUCCUGGUGCACGAAAGUGGGCGGCUUGCCGUGACGUGUGGCCUUCAGAGGACGAAUCUUUGAUACGUGGUCCCUCAAGCGUCGCAAGAAAUCCGGCUGGCCAGUAGCAACUGUCUCUGUGGCGUCAGCGUCUACAAAGUCACCAGGAAGGCGCAGUGUUUCUCCAUAAACCAGUUCUGCCGCUGACGACCCCAGGUCUGGUUUGAAAGUAGUCCAUAAGCCUAACAAGACCACCGGUAGUGCAGUUGUCCAGGUUUCUUCGUGGCACAUCAGUGCGGCCUUCAAACAACGGUGGCAGCGUUCGAUCAUUCCGUUGCUUGCUGGGUGAUAACUUGUGGUCUUAUGGUAGGGACAAGUUGUGACUGUAAGUCUGUGAUUCAUGGAUACUGACCCUGGUAUUAUUUGUUUUCAACACUGUGAUUCUAAAGUAUUUUGUUUCGAAUUACCAGAAAAAUGUCCUGUGUGUCUAAGUCCUAUGACAAAUACUGUACUUCCUCUUCCUCCAUUCAGGAUUCCAUACCCAUUUGUGCGUGCAUCACAGCAUUCAUGUUGCAUAGUUAUGAAACCUACAAAUGGAGAUUUCCUCAACGAUUACUUGAAUUCUAAAGACCUUCAUAUAGGAGUCACUUCAUCUAAGGGGUUAGUGGUAGAAUAUGACAAAAAUGGGUUGCAGUAUGACAAAGCGAGCUUGUGGAAACAGUGCUUAAUAGUAGAUGGUGCUGAUGAGUCUUGGAGUGAAAUAUGGGAUAAUACUUUAAGACAUGUGUCCAGUCUGACUUGCUGGUCUUCUGAAAGGUACAAUGAAGAAAAUUUCAACUGUUACAAUUUUGUUUUGAAAUUUUUGCAAGAGCUGAGGUAUGGAGCCCUCAGUGCAGCCGCUGUCAGUAGAACAAGAUUUUGUGAAAGUUACAUUGUGCCUCAAACUACAACAGCAGGAAAGUACAUUUCUCUGUACCGAAAACUGAAAAAAAGUGGCUGUGUUACUCACAGAAUAUCUUCAAAACAUACUGCCUGUAACACAUUUAAAUAGGGUGUGUUUGUAUAUGUUGCAGUAUUUUUGUUUUAUCAUCUAAAUGUAUAUUUUUUAAAUAAAAUUUACUAUUCCUAACAAAUA